UCCAUCUUCCUGUUCAUUAACUGUAUCCACUUCAGAUCUCUCUCUUCUCUCUCUUUCUCUGUGGGUGUGUUUGUGAGAUCUGUUGAAGACAAUGUUUAGCAGCAUGUUGCUUUGUUCCAUGCGCUCUAACAGUUCAAGGGCGAAGAAGAAGCGAGAAAACUUACAGAAGCAGACUGACGACUUCGAGACAGAAGCUAACGACGCUGGCUUGUUUUUCUCUCUUCCAUACAACAGAGAUCCGGUGGUUGCCAAGCCGUCAAGGUUCACUCUCCGAUCAGAUCAUAUUUCCAGGUCUCAAUUCCAGGCAAAAAAGAAAGGAGAAAUGGCGAACAAGGUAUCGAAUUUCUCCGACCUGAUUCAACGAGUGGCGGCUUCUUGUUUGCUUCAUCCACUUGCCGCCGGAAGACAAGAUUCCGGUAAUGUGACUGGCGAUGAACGACAAAUUUACGAGUACGAGACUGAUGAACAGGAGGAUUUGGAGGAAGAGGAGGAGGAAGACGAGGGGGAGACGGAGUCGGUCGAAAUGGGAGAAAAGAAAGGAAGAGUGAAAGGUUGGGAUCAGGAGAAGAAGAGUAAAGGAGGAAUGGGAGCUAUUGAGAGAGUGAUAGAGAUGGAGAUGCUAAUGAAUGAGGUUUUCGAUUCAGUUUCGGCAAUGAAGAGAGCUUACGCAAGUUUACAAGAGGCGCAUUGUCCAUGGGAUCCGGAUAGGAUGAGAGUGGCGGAUGUGGCGGUGGUGGCGGAGCUGAGGAGGCUGGGGAUUUUGAGAGAGAGGUUUAGGAGGAGUGUUAGCAUUGCUGGUCAUGGAGGAAGAAAGAGAAUUGGCGGCAACGGAGAAGGGAUGGGGAUGCUGAGAGAGGUGGUGGCGCCGUAUGAGGCGGCGGUGGAGGAGUUGAAGAGGGAGGUGAAGACAAGAGAAGUGGAAGUGGAGAAUUUGAAGGAGAAGAUAAAAAAUCUUAGUACUAAUAGCAAUGGAAAGAAAGGAAGGUCUCAAUCAAAGAGGAAAGUCAGUUGCAGUAGUCAAGCAGCUCAAGUAACAGUUGCAGCAUCUCCAGCACCAGAUCUUUUUGAAGCAACGAUGAACCAAGUUAAAGAAACCUCAAAAUCCUUCACAUCGCUUUUAUUGUCUUUAAUGCGAGCUGCCCAUUGGGAUAUUGCAGCCGCUGUUCGCUCCAUUGAAGCAGCUACUGCCUCCACUGAUAAUUGCAUUAUCACUAACACCACCACUAUUGCCUCCACCAUUGUAACUCACCAUGCCAAGUAUGCAGUAGAGUCUUACAUUUCUAGAAAAAUAUUUCAGGGUUUUGAUCAUGAGACUUUCUACAUGGAUGGUAGUCUUUCUUCCCUUCUCAAUCCGGACCAGUUUCGCCGCGACUGUUUUGCUCAGUACAGAGACAUGAAAGGUAUGGACCCAGUUGAGCUUCUUGGAAUAUUGCCAACGUGCCAUUUUGGUAAAUUCUGUUUCAAGAAAUACGUGGCUAUUGUUCAUCCAAAAAUGGAGGAGUCUUUGUUUGGAAAUUUGGAGCAAAGGCAACAAGUAUUGGCUGGUAGCCAUCCAAGAAGUCAGUUUUACGGUGAGUUCUUGGGGUUGGCUAAAACUAUUUGGUUACUUCAUUUGCUAGCAUUUUCACUUGAUCCAGCACCAAGUCAAUUUGAGGCAAGUAGAGGAGCUGCGUUUCAUCCACAAUACAUGGAAAGUGUGGUGAAAUUCUCCGGCGGCAGAAUUCCAGCCGGUCAUAUUGUUGGGUUUCCAGUGAGUCCUGGGUUCAAGCUUGGAAGUGGAUUAGUUAUCAGGGCUAGAGUUUAUUUAGUGGCUAGGACAUGACUUGUUUUUCAGUUUUUGGGUUGACAAGUGUAAUUUUAUGUGCUCUAGAGUGUAAUGGACUGCUUGUUUAGAUCGACUUUUCUUCUCUCAAGAAAGCUUGGAAGUGAAUCAAGGAGAGAAGUAGUUUACCCAAUGUUAUUAGGAAUCAUAGGAUAGUGAUGUCAAGUUGUGUUGUAUGGGAUGUAAUAUGAGUUCCAAUAAUGUUAUGGGGAGUUUGUGUUACAAAGUUUUGAAGUUUAAGCUGUUAA